ACUUGGAAGCCAAACAAAUUCUGAGUUAUCUGGGCAUGACAGAAGGCUGUCAGGGGCAUCAAUUAAGACCAUUAAAGACACAGAAAAGGAAGUGCCUCUUGUAGGAUAGGGUGAGAGUCCAUCGCUGCACCUCAUUACAAAAGGGGUUUGUUAUGCGGGUUAUGGUGCAGUGAACAAAGUCAGACCCUCCAGGGAUGUGCUCACAGCUGAGCAGCCACUCGUGUGUGUCACACGCACAACCCCACUGUAAAGCAGCAACGGGAUAAAGCCCUCCCAAAGUUCUGCCAGGAGUUCACCAUUAGUAACAAUCCCUUAAUAUGAUACCGAGAUACCUGUAAAAUUCGCUGCAGUUUCUAAGUGCCAGGAAACAGCUCUUCACAGACUGAGUGCAACGCGACAUUACCAGGAACAGCUCAAAGCAAGGGAGGAGGGGAACGAACAGGGUUUAACCUACAUUUAACCUUCCUGACUUCCUUGCGGGUAGCUCGGGAUUGCAUCAGCGCGGUCCUUACCGUCCUCGCCCAGCUGCUCGCGGAUCUUGGCCAAGUCGGAGCCUCCCACCACCCCAACCUUCACCUUCUGCCGCAGCCGCUGCAGGAACGCCGCCAUCUCCGGGGAGAUCCUCUGCGCCCAAACACACCCGUCAGCCCUCCCUGCCUGCGGCAUGAGCCCCGCAGCGCUGCUCCGCAACAGCCGCCUCAAACCAGCGGCACUGGCUUUAAGAAAUAGAGAGGAUUCUUCUGUUUCCCCCGUAAGGGGCGCGGCAAGUUCGCCCACCCAGCCCGCCGUGUGCGAUGCCCCGCUGCCCGAGGGCUCGCACGCUGUGGGACACCCCCCGCUCCCCCAGCGCCCGCAGCCCCUCGGUGACAGCCCUUAGCCCCGUCCCACAGCCCCGUCCCGCACUCGCCUGGCGCGGGGCCGUGAGGGUCCCGUCCACGUCGAACAGACAGAGCGCUGCGGGCGGCGGGGCCAUGGCGGGGCCGGGCCGGCGGGGCCGCCCCUCCCUCCCGGCGGGCCCCGCGCGCGCUGAGGGGGCGGUGCGAACAUGGCGGCGGCUUGGCUCUGCACAGUCAGGACUAAAGUCUGCAUGGCACCAGCUUCUGGGAGAUGUCUGCAGAAGGUGCUCUGGACAAGGUCAUGGAGAAGGGGAGAUGCUCGCCCACCCUGGACUUUUGGCACAUGGGAGUGUUUGCAGACACAAAACCAGCAAGUCAGAGGUGUUAACAGUUAUCUCAGGAGACAGCGAGAGUCUGUGUGUCUGUCCCAUUUGGCCACUGCUGCUGUGGUCCAGCAGAAGGCUGUGGAUGGGAGGACAGAAGAGUUCAAACUGGUCUACAGGUUUCCAGGGAUAAAGUACUGCAGGGUCCUGUCCAGACUGAAGCUGUUGCAGACUGCCACCACCGUGGUCACGCUGCCUCCCAUCUGGUACCUCUACCUACAGAACCAGGUGUCUCAGAAUAUCCUCUUAUACACAACUGGCCUUGCAGUCUUUGCUGGUGCAAUGUUGUACGGUAUGAGCUACUUUUUCAGAAGAAUUAUUGGAUUCAUCUACUUGAGUGAAACUGGCCAAACUGUCAGAGUGGCCCACUUGACAUUCUGGGGAAGACGGAAUGACAUUUACUGUCCCAUAGAGACAGUGGUGACUUUGGAUGAAGUUGGAGACAGCAAGGGAGAGCUGCUUCUCCAGUUCAAACGGUAUAACAGCACAGAUACUUUAUAUUUUACAGUUAAGUAUGGACAGAUUGUAGACAAAGAGAAGUUUACUCAAAUAUUUGGAGAACGUGUGUGAUACACCAGCUCAUUUCCAGUGAUUUUCCGUGUUGCACGUUCAUUGUGCUUAUUGUUCCAUGAGGUUUAAAUAGCUUACCCAACUGACACCCCUGUCCUUUUCCUAUGCAAAGCCUGCUGUAAGUGCACCCAGGAUCGAAAGUCACAGUGGUAAAGAAUAAUCCACUGGAUUAAAUGUCUUUGCAGCUUG